AUGUCUGCCGUCUCCAAGAAGCCCCCGGCUGGCGGUGUCGGUCGAGUGUCCAACGCUGAGACGACUACCUCGCCCAGCCCCUCUCCGGCGCGCUCUUCUUCCCGAUCAUCCACUCCCACCGGUGGCCAUGCGCGCACACGAUCGCUUCGCACCGGCACUCCUGUGUCUGCCCGUGCCGCCGCCGCACGCCGUGACACCGGCCUCAGCUCUGUAGAGUCUGACGCCCGAGCCGAGACUGCUUCAGCGGUGGAGGACCUUCAGCAACGCCUCGAGAAAGAAGAAAAGCUGUCCCAGCAAAAUAAGCGCCAGGCCGAUGUCCUCCAGUCCAAGCUAGACGAAGCCGUCAAGGAGUCGGCGAAGCUCGAGGAAAAGGCCCACGAACACGAAGAGCAGAUUGAGACUCUGAACAAUGAGAAACGAGAGGUCACCCGCCAGAUGAGAGAGAUGGAGUCCAUCUACGAGGCGGAGCGAAGUUCUAUCCUCAAGGAGAAGGAAGAAAUGGCCAACAGAGAGGAGGAAAUGGCGACCGUCAUACAGCGACUCAAGGACAGCCUGGCUCAGCGGAACAAUACCGAUGACGAGAUCCGUCCCUCAAGACAGGUCUCGUCCGUGUCUGCCAAUUCAUCACCGUCCCUUGAAAACGGCGGCUUCGCACCCCCAUCUUCCAUGCAGCGCAGUGACUCUCGCAACAGCUCAAAACUCAUUCUCCAGAAGGAUAAGUUAAUCGAGUCCCUACGACUGGAACUCGCCGAGGCUCAGAUCAAAUUGGUCGAGUCGGAGAACCAGGGUGGCGGCAGGUUGCAUGAGGUCGAACGGCAACUCAUGGAGGCCCGCAUGGCCAACGCCCGGCUGAUGGAAGACAAUGAAAGUUACCAGUUGCUUUUGCAGGAGAAAACUCUCAAGGGAGACUUCGGUCAAAACGACUUCAGCUACAUGGGUUCCAACUCCAACCAAGACGCUCUCAAUGCUCUCGAGGGCAAUACGGGAGGCUCCAGUCUCGCCGAUGAGCUCUCAGAGGCAACCGAGGGCGAGUCCGAAGGCGACCGCCGAGUCGAGUCCGAACUCAAAUCCAUGAAGGAGCAGAACAAAGCCCUCACGCUAUACAUCAACAAGAUUAUCGAGCGCCUUCUCCAACAUCAGGACUUUGAGUCCAUCCUGGAUCAGUCCGGAGACGUCAAGUCGUUGCCAGAUACCAACAAGGACCUCCCCCCGCCGCCAACCGACAAGAAUCUCCCGAAUUUCCUUCAGCGAACCAAGUCCAUGGUUGUUGGGCCUACCAAGCAGAGGCCGAGACCCAUCUCCGUGAUGCUGCCCUCGACAACCUCCAACCAUACCGACCCGGACAAAGCUCCCAGCAUCCCUAUUGGCAACCUGACCCGGUCGCAAAGCACCCGCCGAACGCGACCACAGAGCGACCAGUACACAGGCGCGGCGAGCCUCGUGAGCCAGAUGUAUAGGGGACCUGACGGCCCCGUCUCCCCGCCCCUGGGCACCCCGCGACACUCGCAGACCUUCUUCGCACCGGCAGGCAUGUCAGGUAACCCCAACGCAGCAGCCCGCGUCCCAAGUGGUAGCCAGGUUCCUACAUCUGGAAACUUCCCAGGCAUGAGAAGCGAGACGUCGAGCCUAAGCGGCGAAUCGGGCGAGCUGUCCCUGUCGCUGUCGACGCCGCCUUCGCAAUCGCCGCCCCGGUCUCACACCGACAAGCAACCGACCUCCUUCACGGGCGGCAAGCCUCGACCACUCCGGUUGGUCCAAGAGAACCCUGAUGCCGUCAAGGACAACAAGCGGGCGACUUGGUACUCGGGCUGGAGCUGGGGUAAGAAGGAAGAUGGACAGCCCCAGUCCAGUGACCCAAUUCCGGAAUAG